AUGACUUCAUCAACAACAGCAACACGGCCUGUCCGCAAGGGCGCUGAACGCAAAUCGAAAUCGGCCCGUGCAGGUGUACUGUUUUCCGUUCCGCGUUUCCAUCGAUACAUUAAAAAAUCGACACCUAAAAGUCGUGUAACGAUGGCAUCUGCAGUUUACACUGCUGCUGUGAUUGAAUAUUUGACUGCUGAAGUACUUGAACUUUCUGGUAAUGCAGCUAAAGAUCACAAAAAACAACGUAUUAAUGCACGUCACAUCUUUUUGGCCAUUAGCAUUGACGAAGAGCUUAAGAAGCUUUUGAACGGUGUAACAAUUCCUCAAGGUGGUGUACUACCUCAUAUCAAUUCAUUUUUAUUCAAAAGUAAAUCGGCCAUUGAUGAUAGUAGUACCAAAGCUCAAAAGUCGACUUCAUCCCUUUCGAAAACUGGCUCAGUUGCUCGUGCACCCUCAACUCUGGUUAGCAGGACGUCAUCGACAGGCGCUGGAGGUAAUAAACCGAGUUUAUCAUCAUCUACAAGCUUGAAGAAGGCAGCUUCUACAGUGACUGGAAAUACCGCAAGUUCAGCAUAG